AUGGCGUCUGAACGUUAUAGUUUUUCUCUAACAACUUUUAGCCCGUCAGGUAAAUUGGUGCAAAUUGAAUAUGCUUUAGCUGCUGUAGCCGCCGGCGGUACGUCCGUUGGUAUUAAAGCUUCAAAUGGUGUUGUGAUAGCAACUGAAAACAAGCAUAAGAGUAUUCUUUAUGAUGAGCACAGUGUCAAUAAAGUAGAGAUGAUUACUGGCCAUAUUGGUAUGGUAUAUUCUGGUAUGGGUCCUGAUUAUCGCCUUCUUGUAACUCAGGCCAGGAAAAUGGCACAACAGUAUUUUUUAAUGUAUAGGGAACCCAUCCCUACAGCACAACUAGUGCAGCGAGUAGCCACUGUCAUGCAGGAAUAUACACAAUCUGGUGGUGUCCGUCCAUUUGGUGUGUCCCUUCUAAUAUGCGGUUGGGACGGAGACCGCCCCUACCUGUUCCAGUGUGAUCCCUCUGGAGCUUACUUUGCAUGGAAAGCCACCGCUAUGGGCAAGAACUUCAAUAAUGGCAAGACUUUCUUGGAGAAAAGAUACACAGAAGAAUUAGAGCUCGAUGAUGCUGUCCACACCGCGAUCCUGACGCUUAAAGAGGGAUUUGAAGGUCAAAUGACAGCUGACAACAUUGAAGUAGGGAUCUGUGAUGCAAGUGGUUUCCGAAGGCUGGAACCCGCCCAUGUCAAGGAUUAUCUAGCUAAUAUACCA